UUUUUUCUUCAUUCUCUUUGCCUUUAAAUAAUAUUAAAAUGCCCCCAUUACCCGUAGUUCCCCAUCAAUUAACCAAAAUUCGUUCUGAAAAUCGUGUUCUUUUAGUUCGUUUUGCUUUUUUGUUUUCUGUUUGUGCUGUGUUCUCCAAUAUAAUUACUUUAACACCAUUUCAUUGUACAAAAAUUGAUGUUUUUGCCUUUGAUGAUCCUUCAGAUGUUACAACUGCUGUUGAAUUAUCUGUUCGGCGAUGUGCACCUUUUAUCGUCGCCGGUUGCUGCAUGGAUUCUUUGGGGAUGUUAAGUGUUAGUUAA